AAGUCAUAAACAGAUCAAUCAAAAAAAAAAAGAAAAAAAAACUAAAUUAAAGAAAAUUGCAGAUCAGAGUCAGAGGAGAAACCCUAAUCGCCGACGAGAAACCUAAAUGGGAAAGAAGAAGAAAAGAGUAUCGUCCAAGGUUUGGUGCUACUAUUGCGACAGAGAAUUCGACGACGAGAAGAUCCUCGUUCAGCACCAGAAGGCCAAGCACUUCAAGUGCCACGUCUGUCACAAGAAGCUCUCCACUGCCGGUGGUAUGGCUAUCCAUGUGCUUCAGGUUCAUAAGGAGUCCGUGACCAAGGUUCCCAACGCAAAACCUGGCAGAGAAUCUACUGACAUUGAAAUAUAUGGAAUGCAAGGAAUCCCACCUGAUGUAUUAACCACUCAUUAUGGAGAAGAAGAAGAAGAUGCUCCAUCAAAAGCAACCAAAUUGGAUAUUCCAUCAGCUCAGCUCAUGGGAGGUUUGGUGCCUGGGCCAGUUGGUGUUGGAUAUCCUCCUCAAUCAACUUUAGGAACAGUGCAGCCAGUUUAUAAUGCUGCAGUGCCUGUACCUCCUACUGGUUGGGCAGUGCCUCCUCGUCCACAGCCUUGGUUCCCACGGCAUCCUUCAGUUUCAGUUCCUCCGUCUGCGCCUACGGGAUAUGUGCAGCAGCCAUUAUUUCCAGUGCAAAGUGUGAGGCCUUCAACAUCACCUGCACUCCAACCUUCACAAAUUGCUCCACCUGGAUUGCCUACAUCAACACCUACUCUUCCUGUAUCCCAACCCUUGUUCCCUGUUGUCAAUAACAAUAUACCUACUCAGAGCUCACCAUUUUCUACUACUUUGCCAACAAGUGUUCUACCAAGCACUUCUGCCGAAGUAAAAGGCUCAAUUGAAGUGCAUUCAAGUGUUAAUACUUCUGCGACAGGCAGCUAUCAAGCUGCUAAUAUUCCAGUUGGAGCUGGAGUCAGUUCUCAUUCAUAUGCCUCUGGUCCAAAUACUGGUGGUCCAUCAAUUGGACCACCCCCUGUCAUUGCAAAUAAAGUUCCUGCUAUACAGCAAGCUGUAAACGAGGUUUAUUUAGUUUGGGAUGAUGAGGCAAUGUCCAUGGAAGAGAGAAGAAUGUCCUUAGCCAAGUAUCAGGUUCAUGAUGAAACUAGCCAGUGUGGGGUUUGGGUGGAACAAGAUGAUACCCAACAGAUUUUUCCUCAAUCGUAGCUUCAUUACAAUUUAUUUUAUUGAUCGUGAAUUCAGACUUUUCCAGAUGAGCUCUAUUGAUGCAGCAAUAGACAGAAGGAUACUGGAGAGCAGGCUUGCUGGUCGAAUGGCAUUUUAGUUCAACUAGAGGAGAGGACUGCAUCCUGAGAAUUUCUUGGAUGCAUGAUCAAAUGAUCUUGGCAUGACUUACACGAGGACCUUGGAUUUGAUACCAUCCAAAUUUCUGAAUCAAUUUUGGGGGUCCGGCAACCAAGUCAGAUGUAAUUGUGUUGUAUUAUUUGCAAAGCGAGGUAGUAGAUGGUAGAUAGUCAUUUGUUUUCUCUGACAUUUUUCCUGAGCUGCUCUAAACCUGCUAGAAUAUAACAACUGAGUUAUUUAA